AUGGUUAAUUCAGAUAACAAUCCAUUCAAUGCUGAGUGUUUGGAUAACCUGGUUGAAGCUCAAAAUGAAUAUAAUUCUAGAGAAAUGCAACUUAAUACAUUAAUGAAGCAGAAAUCAAGAAUCAUAUGGGUUAAAGAAGAAGCAGCCAACACCGACUUUUUUCAUACUAAUCUCAAGAUAAGACAAGUUAGCAACUGUAUAAGUGAACUUGCUGAUGACCAUGGUGAUAUCAUUUCUGAUCAGAAGAAAAUAGUUGAUAUCUUGGUUCAAUACUUCCAGAAGAAAUUUGAAGUUAAACAAAAUGAGAAUGUGGAUAAAUUACUUGAUGUCAUUCCAUUUGUCAUUUCUCUUGAAGAUCAAAAUAUGUUAGAUAAGAUUCCAGAUGAACAAGAAAUCAAAGACAUUCUUUUUAAUAUGGAUCCAGAGAGUUCUCCAGGGCCUGAUGGCUUUACAGGUUGUUUUUACAGAGCAUGCUGGCAUAUUAUUCAUCUUGAUGUAGUUAUAACAAUUCACUUUUGUUGGGAGAGAAGAUUUAUACCAAAUGGUCUCAACUCCAAUUUCCUUGUCUUACUCCGUAAAGUACAAGGUGACAAAUCUCCAAACCAAUUUAGACCUAUUGGUUUGAGUAAUGUAAGUUUCAAAAUCUUUACUAAGAUUAUCACCACAAGAAUGAGUUCAUUAAUGUCAAAAUUAAUCUCUCAUCAGCAAGUUGCUUAUAUCAAGGGCAGAUGUAUACAAGAGCAGAUUAUGUUGGCUUCUGAAAUGGUUAAUGAGAUGCAAAAGAAAAUAAGAGGUGGUAAUGUAGGGCUUAAGCUUGACAUCUCUCAGGCAUAUGAUUCAGUAAGCUGGGAUUUCUUGUUGAAAGUACUAAGUAAAUAUGGUGUUAGAGCAUAG